AUGGCUUCAUCUUCGCGAUCGGCUUCAGUGGCGAAGCUGGCUACCCCGGCUGCCCCUACUUUUCCAACUCCGCCUCCAAAUAAUAUGAACCCUCUGGGCGGUCUGAUGGAUGGCACGAACUACAGUGAUAUAGAAAUUGUCUGUGGUGAUCGAAACUUUCCAGCUCACAAGGCAAUUGUCUGCUCCCGAUCGGACUGGUUUAAGAAAGCCUGUGGCAGUGAUUCCAAGGCACGUCUCUUCAGAAUACAUCCCAGGGAGACCUUUGCUAAUAAGGAAGAAGCCUGUGGAAAGUUCAACUUGGGAGACAAGGAUGCCAUCCUCCUUCAUGUUGUGCUGGAGUUCAUCUACAAGGGUAAAUACACCGUCGAUGGUGUCGCCCUCGAUGUAUGUGCCCCAGCCAACGCGAAUUCUCCAGGCGCCAGCCUGUUUGAAUUGAGAAAAAGGAAAUCUACAGAUAACUCUGAUGAUAUGCCACAAAAGCGGCCAAUGCUUAUAAUGGCGGACUCUCCCGUCCUGGAGGAUGUUGUUCCGGAAAGGAAAGAGGAUGUCAAUCUGAAUGCCGAAACAUGGACUAGCAGUUGGCCUUCGUUGACUACUUGUCCAGUAAGCUAUUUUCAUGCUAGGGUGUAUGCGGAGGCUGAUUAUUUUAUGAUCGAUGAACUGAAGCAAUACGCCAAGAGGGAAUUCAGCUUCGCACUAGCAGCGUGCGAUACCACCUGGAGAUUGAAAUUGCUUAUCCUAGAAUUGUGGUCCCCACGAGCUGCCUACAAAGACCUUCAAGUUACUCUUCUGAGGAACAUCAUGCAUCAGUCGCUGGGAGGAAAGCUAAACAACGUUUUCAUUUGCCUUGACCGCGAAUUCAUCGAUUCUGUCCCUGGCUUCGCACACGAUGUUUGUUGGAUGUAUAUCAUAGUCCAACAUCAUGUCAAGAAAAACGCAUCGGUUUGA